AUGCAGCACCGCGCGAGUCGAGACGCACGGCCCUACCGCGCGUCCGAACCGGCACUGGCCGAGAGCGACCGCUCGAGUCCGUCGAACGCGCCGCUCUCGCGCUCGCACGUCCAGCAGCGCGUGUUCCGCCCGGCGCUCGCGUCCACUGCGCCGUCCGCCGCGCCGCCGACGCGCCGGCGGAAGCUCAAACUCCCCGCGCGGCUCAAGCACCGCCAGGCGGCCAAGUUGCCGCGCAUGGACGAAGUGAUCCCGCGCGUGGCGCUCACGGACGCGCAGCAGACGGCCAUGCGGACACAGGCCGAGGCGCUCAUUGCCGCGUGUCUGCCGCGGGCGCGCGCGGCGUGGGACGGCGGCGGCCGCCAGCCGCUCGUGGACGACGCGCGGCAGUGGAAGCUCCACAGCGCGAAGCCCUGUCUGGCCGUGUACAAGCGCCGGGACGCGACGGCCGCCGCGACGGUGCAGCAGUUUUUUGCCACGGGCCGCAUCCCAAAUUUGACGCUGCAGGACGUCGAGUACGGCAAAUACAGCGACACGACGCUCGACGAGCGGUCCGUGAGCGCCUAUUUGUUCCGCGACUACUUUCUCGACGCGGCGGUGCUGCAGGUGCUCGAGACGCAGACGGACGACGACGCGUUCCGCUUCUGUGGCGUCAAGUGGCGGGCGUUCGCCUCGCCGAGUGGCCCCGCGCGGUUCUUCUCGCCGCGCGAUCACGCGUACUACGAGUUUGCCAAGACCGUUGUGACUUGCGAGGGGCACAAAGUGCUCGUGAAGGUCAUGCAGUCCGUGGGCGACGACGUCGUGCCGCCGCUGCUGGAGAUUGUCGGCCACGACGGACCGAGCGACGGCGUGGACCCGUCCAAGCUGCGCUUCGUGCGCGGCCACUUGUCAAUGGUCGUGAUGUACACGUUUGACCAAGCGACGAACGCGGUCAAAGUGUUUGCCGAGGGGUCGCUCGAUCCAGGCGGCCGCGCGAGCUCGUGGCUCGGGAGUGCGUUCCUCUCGCAACUGGCGCCCACGGUCGCGCGGAUCGAGUACUGCGCCGACAUUAAGUACAUCAUGAAGCAUGGCAUGAUCUUCCCGCACCCGCCGGCAGCGCUCAGCCGGUCGCCGUCGGCACAGAGUGCGGUGAAGAGUCAGAGCACGCAGAGCGGCUCGGAAGUGACGGCCCACGGUCCCUCGACGAUGCCGCUGUCGGCGUCGCAGUACGGGUUCCUCACGACGGGAAUGGCACUGAUGCGCGAAUCGAGUCGCAUGUCCAUCUGUCCCCAGCCGAGCUGGGUGCCAGACCACCAGCGCAAAGUGUGCUUCGUGUGCUUCAAGAGCUUUGGCAUCGUCCGGCGCCAUCGGCACCACUGCCGCAUGUGCGGUGAGGUCAUGUGCUCUCGCUGCAUGAUCACGCUGCCGCUCGUUGCACCGCCUGUUUCAGCUCCGCACGUUGGCGACGAGGAUGCAGCUGGAGAUGCGGUGCACCCUCGCCACUCUCAGCGCCAUGAAAACCAGGCAGACACGUCUUCUCUGAGCGUGUUGCUGCAACAGCCCGCCAAGAAGAGCCUGGAGGAGACCCGGUCGAAUGGAUACCCGGCCGUAAACAAUGUGAAGCUAUGCAAGAAGUGCAUGUUCACUAUUCGGCAGGAGCGGAAGGGUACGAUGAAGGGAGCGUCGAACUUUUACGCUGCGCCUACGAUGGUGAAGCAGUUUCCUCUGGUGUUGCAGGGAUCUCUGGCCGAUAACGCAGGUUUGCGACCUGGACCGAUGCGUGGCUUUUUCCCAGGCGGCCGCUAUGCAGCGGAUGACGAGCUUGCUGGGAGAGGUAGUCACGACGAGGACGAUAUCAACGAGACGGACGAAGAAUACUCGCUUCGCAUUGAGCGUAUGCGGCAGAUACACAUGGCGCGGGAGAAGAAGAAGAACCUCCGGCGUAGCAUUCUCCUGUACGACAAAGAUGACCUGAACAACGGCGAGGAGUCGCCACCCGCGAGGCCGAGUCAUUUGUUCACUGGCAGCGACAGCACGUUCAACUUCGACCAUCUCUUGUUGCCGACGCCAAAGCGCGAAGAGAACGACGACAGUGUCAGGCUGAGCAUGCGUGGCCGGGUGGUGAGCUCUGCCAACCAAAGCGAUGCGAUUCCUCCAUCGGUCCCUCGUCGACCGUCUACUGCAGCUCGCCAGUCGGAGAGCAGCUACAAACUUCGCUCGUUGUCGAUCCCGGACCAGCUGGAACAGGUCGAGCGAUCCAUAGCACAGCAAGAAGCGCUGAUCCGGUGCAUUGCAGAGCAGCGGAGUAAGAUGACGCGCUCACCGGAGAACGACACUGUCGGGAAGACAGCCGCGACGACAGUGGGGGAGAUUUCGUCUGAAGCUCGAUCAUCUUUGCUUUACCCUGGGUCGACACAGACUGCGCCUACACCGAGAUGCGGCGUGUACAUCACUUCACUCUCGUUGGGCUCUUCCUAG